AUGAAUCCCGUCAAAAAAGUCAAUCACAAAAUGGAGCAUGAUGGCAUUAUCAUCGAAUACUCCCACCAUGAAGCCAAACAGUCAAGUAUCGCUCCACGAGAAGACAAAAAUGAGAAAAUGGUGUCCCCUGCGAAAUUAGCCGCAAAAGAAAUCUCACCCACAAUAUCAGAAGUACAAAGAUCAUUUGCAAAAUCUGAAGCCGAACCCAGAUCCGGCGAUGCAUCACUAUCCGCUUCUUCCAGUAUUUCAAAUCUUGUACAAGCUUCUUAUACAGAAAGACAUCUAGAAACAGAGGAUACAACCGAAAAUGCUUUAUACUCAACUUCUAUUGCGGUUCAAGAACGCCAAGGGCCACCGUAUGGUGCUGGAAACAUGGUUUUAGGUCCCACCAAUUCGAUUUAUUUCGACAACUUGCCCGCAGAGAUUCAAUAUAUGAUAAUUAAAGAAUGUAUCCCGGAACGCAAUCAUUUCCGUCUAGUCUCUGUUAGCCUGGAUCCCAAUAAUCAAAUACUACUUAAUGAGGACCUUGACAUAAAACAUACAUCGAUUUUGUUUGUCUCAAGGGCAUUUCGUAGAAUUUAUCUAAAGCAUCUGCCAAUCGUGCUACCAUCUCUCAACAAGAACAUUCCAGUAUGUAUUCACCAAGAUACGACUCUCAUUCUCAAGAUGGAAGAGCCAGAUCAUAGUAACAUUAGGAUAUGCUACAAAGGGCGAAUUCCAGCGUCUUUCAGUGAGAUUCGGCACCUUGCUGUUCCCCUACACUUGCUUUCCUUCUUUAACAUUACAGCUGAUGUGCGUAGUCGCGGUGAAAGAAUCCAAGAGCUUGCAGUAGCUCACAACAUUAGUUUCUUGAGCAGACUGAUCUUUGCCUGUUCCAACUUGCGUUCUUUAACCGCUGUUCAGCAUAAUACAGCAGAGAAAUGGCAUCUCAAAGGACUGAAUUAUCCGGGCAGUCUAGUCGUUCCAAAGGUAUUCUCCUCUUUACUCAGAUGGAACCUCGAAUCUCUUGCCAAUUUCCUCAACUUGCAACGAGCGAUGACCGGUUAUCGGAGUAAAAAGCUAGCAUGCCGUGUUAUGGUUUUUACCUUGGGCAGCAGUGUCAACAAGGUUUUGAGCAUUCCUCAGGUUGAAAAUGAUACUCUUGUAUAUUUUCGGGUUAACAAGGAAAAUGCCACCAGAAUUGCCCACCUCGACAUAGAAUCCUUCAUCGACAAAUACUGUUACUCAUCACCUCAAUUGGCUGAACUUCCGGAAAAUCUCCUUAGUGAGAGGGGUCGAACUGCAAUUCGAGCCGUUCUUCGCAGAUUAGUUACUCGGUGGAUGGAGAAAUACUUCAAUUCCAACACGAAUAUCGAGGAUGCCAAACACGGCAGAGAGAUUCUAGAGCUCAUGGAAGAUGCAUUUGAGCAGCACAAGAGAUCCAAUCCAGGUGAGGUGAAUCUAUCAAGGCAUUGA